AUGACUGCUGCAGCUGGUCCCACUCGACUCUUCUGCAGAGGCAGAGAGAGCGGAGGGGUUGUGAGUGAGCGAGAGGAAGAGAAGAAUGUGGGGGGAUAUGGACGGUUGGGGUCGUCUUCGGCGGCAGGUGAUUGGCCAGAAUGUCCCGAGCGAUUCGGCGACCAGUUGGAGGCUUUUCAUUGGUUAUUAGGUGCCAAGGGUUCUUGA